UGGUCCAAACGAAAGAGCCGGAGGAACCGAUAUCCCACUACACCGUUCACACUCGGUCUCUCCGUUAUUAAUUAAUCCCCGGGAAAACAGCACAAUGUCUGAAGAGAAGCCAAAGGAGGGAGUGAAGACGGAGAACGACCACAUUAACCUCAAGGUAGCUGGUCAGGAUGGCUCAGUUGUACAGUUCAAAAUCAAAAGGCAUACUCCGCUCAGCAAACUAAUGAAGGCAUACUGCGAGAGACAGGGAGUGUCAAUUCGUCAGAUAAGGUUUAGGUUUGAUGGACAGCCAAUUAAUGAAACAGACACACCUGCACAGCUGGAGAUGGAGGAUGAGGACACUAUUGAUGUAUUUCAACAACAGACAGGAGGAGUCUUUUCUUAAGUCGGAUGUGGACUCUUGGAAGAACAUCUCCAUCGUUAUUUCAUGUUGUAUUUGUUUUUACUUAAAUCUCCCCCCCCCC